CUAGUCUCGCUCGCGGCAACAUCGAACGAACUGCCGCCGCCAGUGGUAGUGGUUAACCUAGCGGGGCGGGUAACCUAGCUACCCGGCGGCGCAUGCGAUCGUGGAUCUUGUUCCGGUAGUGCUGCUCCUCGUGAUCUGGGUUCACGUAGCGUCGGUUGCCGUCGGCUGUGCGCACCACCAGUAUCGUUAUUUGAUGUGGCGGCUAACCUAGGUAUCCGGCGGCAGAGGUAAUCACAGAUCUAGCUAGGUGUUGAGAUCGUGCAGUUCCUCGCGAUUGAAAGUGAUCACGACGGGUGCCGUGGCCAUCUUCCUUACUAAGUUUGGCAGAUCUGAACGGCCUUGGUUGCGGUUGUUUACAUAACAUCCGUGAUCGUGUGCUAUGUGUUGUAUAUUUCAUCAUUGAUAAUGUUUGCACAUGUGAUGAUACAUAUUAUUGGUUGUAGGAAAUGGCGGACAAGGAGUUAACUGAUAUCAUGGUAGACAUGGAGUUUGGAGAACUGAUGAAAGACUGGAUAGAAGAUUGGUCAGAUGAUGAAAAUUCAGAUCGGUCAGAGAAUGGGAAGGAAUGGGACGAUCUUAAUGUGAGAGGCAUUGUCAUGUUGUAAUUUUUUGGUGGCGUCCGACAAUAUUAAAUCUUUGUGUUGAAAAUUUAUAGAUCGAUGAGCUUGAUGAUGAUCAGGAAAACAACUCGGAGCUCUCGAAUGAAGAUUACAUUAGUCAAGUACGUAAGUGAAAAUUUUUGUUGGCAUGCAAAUUGAAUUUCUUCUGGAAUAUUAUAUGAUAAGUAAUUAUGUAUUUGUGUUGUAUUUUUCAGUUCAUUUCCGAAUGUCAUAAUGCGUAUAACUAUUACGGUGAAUCCGACGCGGAGACAUGCCUUAACGACGAAUCAUUAGACACACCUGAUUCUGGGGAGUCCCAGUCGUCGGUCAUCAUGAGUGAGGUAUGUGUGUAAUCAAUGUUCUAUGGAAGUAAUGUUAAACCAUAGAAAACUGUUUUCAUGGAUGUUGUUUGAUUGUGUAGGUGACACAAGAUGAUGGGGCAAAGAAUGUCCAAGAUACUGCCAGUGCAGAUGAUAAGAGGGAUAUGUUCAUGCAGAUAAUGGAAAUGACCUUUACGUCUCACAAUGCUGCGUAUGAUUUCUACAACAGCUAUGCUAGAGAUAAUGGUUUCAGCAUUAGAAAGAAUAAGGUCAGGUAUAGCAAAACAGAGUCACGUCAUAUGCAUUAUAGGCGGUUUGUUUGUUCCAGACAAGAAAAACGUGACAGCAAGUUGCUAACAGAGGAAGGACACAGCCGUAGGCUCAGAGCCGAGACACGCUGCUUUUGUGAAGCGCACCUGCCCGUCAAGCUUGACCAAAAGCGUGGGGUUUGGUAUGUUGAAAGUUUUGAGGACAAGCAUAGCCAUAUGUUGGCAGGACCGGACGAGGUACCUUUUCUUUGGUCCCACAGAAAAAUCAAAGAGUACCAGAAGCAUGAGAUAAUGUCCAUGGGAGCUGCAGGGAUUAGAAUUCACGACAUGAUGGAUUGCUUCAUCAGCAAACAUGUAUGGUACGGCGGUGUUGGUUUUACCAGGCGUGAAAUAUACAACCUUUGCGCCAAGGAGAAGAGGAAGCUGCUUUCAAAAGGUGAUGCUGCCACAGCCAUAGGCAUCAUGGCCAGUAGGAAACAGAGGGAUCCUAGCUUCUUUUUCGAGUACAAGCUAGAUAAGGAAGGACAUUUGAAUAGGAUGUUCUGGUGCGACUCCCAGUCUCGUCAUGACUAUGAGGACUUCGGCGACGUGCUUGUAUUUAACAGCACAUACAAGAUGAACCGCUAUGGUAUGCCAUUCAUACCUUUUGUUGGUCUUAACAAUCACCGGAAGACCACUGUUUUUGGUUGUGCCAUAGUUUUGGACGAGACCGAGGAGACAUACGUGUGGCUUCUGCAGACUUUUUUGAGGUCCAUGUGUCAAAAGAUGCCUAAGAGUGUUAUCACAGACGCCGACGCUGCGAUGAUCAAGGCAAUUCGCGAAGUCUUGCCAGACAUGUGGCACCGUAUAUGCACGUGGCACAUAGAGAAAAAUAUGAAGAUUCACCUCAGUCACAAGUCCUUGAAGGAGUUCCGAACUCUUCUGUACUACAGCACGUCCAUGGCCACGUUUGAGGAGAGAUGGCACGCAUUUUCCAAAAGAUGGCAGACGGAAAAAACUGUAACAUGGUUGAGGCGGAUGUAUAAGAAGAGGAGACUGUGGGCCGCGGCUUAUCUAACAGAGGGGUUUUGGCUUGGCAUGAAAAGCAACCAGCGGAGUGAAAGCCUGAACUCGUGCCUUCACCUCCACCUAGACGGUGAAAUGACCCUGGUGGAUAUGAUUUUGCACUAUGAGAACGCCGUUGUGCGUAUCCGUGAAAACGAGGCGCGAGAUGACUGCACGGCCUCACAAAGUUUACCGGUGCCAGUUACUAGCUCGAGGGAACUUGAGAUAGCUGCUUCUCACGUCUUCACUCCAGCAAACUUCUAUAUGUUGCAAGAUGAUUUUAGAAAAAUUGACGGCAUGGAGAUUGUAGAAAUUAAGCUGGGAGACGGAUCACAGCAGUACAUCGUGGCCUGGAAGAAUAACCGGAAGCGCCGUUUUUGGGUGGAGUAUACACCAGUAAAUUCCGCAGAAACUAUAAGGUGCAGCUGCAGAAGAAUGAUUCGAAAGGGUCUACCUUGCAAGCACAUAUUCCAUGUACUGAAGCACUUGAACAUAUCUGAAAUACCGAAGUGUUUAGUUCUUGUUCGGUUCACGAAAGAAGCAAGGUUGGGACUGCCCGCGAUGCGCACAAGCGAUCUGUUGGGAUUUGGUUGGACUGGGGCCGGGGAAAGAAUGAAAUAUAGCCAGGAAAAUUUGUUGAAGCAAACAAAUGACAUCAGUAAGUGUGCAGUUGAAUAUGUGGACGAUGGUGAAGGCAACAUGAUUGAGGUUAAAGAUCCUAUGAAAGUGUCAAGCAAAGGUGCAACAAAGGUAGAUGAGAGCCGCCCUGUCUCGAAAAAUGGUAGACCACUCUCUUUUGAUGAGUUGAAAACCCGGUGCGGCGCUUGCAAAUUGGUAGGACACACUAGACGUAGCAAGAAAUGCAAACUAAAUCAGAAAAAAGUGGAGAAGGAACAAGAGUAG